GUGCGCAUGCGCGAUUCCUCUUCGUGGCCCUUCUCAUCUUGGUGCUCGUCUGGUCUUCAGAGACCUUUUCUAGCAGUAAAUUCAAACGUUGCACUUUAAGGCAAAUAUUUCCCCCCUUGGGUUUGGAUCAUUGCUGCGCUGCAGUGCGUGAGCUUCGCUUGCUGUCGACAGAAAUCGCUGCUUCAACGAGAAGAGCAUCCGCUCAUCCUUUCAUUGACAGCCGAGCUUGUCCAGUCUAGCUAGCUAGCGUUAGCCAGGAGGCAGAGGGGGGCACUGUGUCUUCAAAAUGUCCGGUUACCAAGGAAAGAAGAACAUCCCACGAAUUACAAGCGACCGUCUCCUCAUCAAAGGAGCAAAGAUAGUGAACGAUGAUCAGUCAUUCUUGGCUGAUAUCUACAUGGAGGAUGGAGUCAUCAAGCAAAUAGGAGACAACCUCAUCGUUCCUGGGGGAGUUAAGAUCAUCGAGGCUCAUGGACGAAUGGUGAUGCCUGGCGGUAUCGACGUGCACACCCGAUUCCAGAUGCCCGACCGAGGAAUGGUGGCAGCGGAUGACUUCUACCAGGGCACCCGGGCGGCCCUCGCCGGGGGGACAACCAUGAUCAUCGACCAUGUGGUGCCGGAGCCUGGCGUAAGCCUGGUCGCUGCUUUCAAGCAGUGGAGAGAGUGGGCUGACAGCAAGUCGUGCUGUGACUAUUCUCUGCACGUGGACAUCACCGAGUGGAACAAAGGCACCCAGGAGGAGAUGGAGAUGCUUGUGAAGGAUCAUGGUAUCAACUCUUUCCUGGUGUAUUUGGCUUAUAAGGAUGUUUUCCAACUUUCUGACUAUCAGAUCUACGAGGUGUUCAGUGUCAUCAGGGACCUCGGAGCCAUUGCCCAGGUGCACGCUGAGAAUGGAGACAUCAUCGCAGAGGAGCAGAGACGUAUUCUGGAGUUGGGAAUCACUGGCCCUGAAGGUCACGUGCUGAGUCGUCCAGAGGAGGUGGAGGCGGAGGCAGUCAACCGCUCUAUCACCAUAGCAAAUCAGACCAACUGUCCUCUCUACAUCACCAAGGUGAUGAGCAAGAGUGCUGCUGAUGUCAUUGCUCUCGCUCGAAAAAGGGGCGCUGUGGUUUACGGAGAGCCCAUAUCUGCCAGCUUGGGAACAGAUGGUACCCAUUACUGGAGCAAGAACUGGGCCAAGGCGGCAGCCUUUGUCACCUCGCCACCUCUCAGUCCUGAUCCCACCACCCCUGACUACCUCAACUCUCUGUUGUCAUGUGGCGACUUGCAGGUGACCGGCAGCGCUCACUGCACGUUCCACACUGCUCAGCGUGCAGUAGGCAAAGAUAACUUCACCAUGAUUCCAGAGGGCACCAACGGCACCGAGGAGAGGAUGUCCCUAAUCUGGGACAAGUGCGUGGUGACUGGCAAGAUGGAUGAGAACCAGUUUGUGGCUGUGACCAGCACAAACGCAGCAAAGACCUUCAACCUGUACCCCCGCAAAGGCCGCAUCGCUGUGGGCUCCGACGCCGACCUCGUGCUGUGGGACCCGGAUGUCCAUAAGAUCAUCUCGGCUAAGAGCCACAACCUGGCUGUGGAGUAUAACAUCUUCGAGGGCACAGAAGUGCGGGGAGGACCUCUGGUAGUGAUCAGCCAGGGCAAGAUUGUGUUGGAAGAUGGCACCCUUCACGCCAUAGAGGGCUGCGGGCGCUACAUCAGUCGUAAACCCUUCCCAGACCAAGUGUACAAGAGGAUAAAGGCUCGGAGCAGGCUCACAGAGCUGCGAGGAGUCCCCAGGGGCCUGUAUGAUGGGCCGGUGUGUGAGAAUGUGACUCCCAAGGCGGUGUCCACAGUGUCCUCGGUGAAGACUUCCCCUGCCAAGCAGCAGCAGCAGCAGCAGCAGCAGCAACAGCAGCAACAGCAGCAGUUUACUCACCAGCCAGUGCGCAACCUCCAUCAGUCUGGCUUCAGCCUCUCUGGUGCUCAGGUCGACGACAACGUUCCCCGCCGCACCACUCAACGCAUCGUAGCUCCGCCCGGUGGAAAGGCCAACAUCACCAGCCUCGGCUAGUCCCUUUUUCUCAGCUGAGUCGGGGCGCAGGGGCAGCACGGGACCAGAGGCCACUCACAACCAGUGUCACAUCGCACCUCUUAUGUCAUCACCUCUGACUCCGCCCCUGCCCCCCCCCCCCCCCCCAUUCCACCUCUUAACACACCGUCACCGUGUCACCUCGUGCAAAAAAAAAUGAGAAAGCACUAUUCCAUUUUGUUUCAUCUUCCCUUCCACAUUCCAGCCUCGAGGAAGGAUAAAGUGAAUUGAAGCAGCUUUUUCACUGCUUUUGCGCCCAGUUUGAUUAUUGAUGAAAUUCAUUCGUUUACAUUUGUUUACAUUGUUUUUAUGUAUAAUUUGUGCUGUUUUGUCAGCGUCUUGGCUCAGAAAGUUGACAGAAAACAUGAUCUGAAGAGUAGUCGGUUUAAUGAGCGGGCAUUUUAAAGAUGACUUGUUUUUCUGUUCAUUUCUCUUUUUUUAGUGGUUGUUUAAGAUGAACCAAAAAUUCAGUUGAGAGUAAAAUAUCAACUGCUCAUUAUAUAACACUGUUAAACUGAUCUGUUCGGGUAAAAUUAAUGUAGAUUAUCUCAAAAUACUAUGAAAGACUUUUGCCUCUCCUAACAUUUUUAUUUUAUUUUACGUUGGCAGUAUUAUGUUUUUGUUAAGGCUUUGAUUGAACUAUUCACCUAUGUCUUCCUUUUGUGUUAUAGUUGCACUUUUAUUUUUUAAAAAAAUGUUUUAUGUUAAGUAAUUUUUGUAUUUUGUUGGUUGGACCGCACUUAAAGAAGAAAAAAAAGGUGUCAUAGGGUUAAACCACUACUUUUAACCUGGCCCUGAAUCUAGAAGAAUAGCUGGGUCGUUAACAUUUUGUCAUUGUUUCCUUCAUUUCAUCAUUGUGUUGUUUUUUUCUCCUCUUCACAUUUGUUGAAAGGUUGUCAGGGCAACAAGCUUCCAAUAAUCAGACUGGUGUAUAUUGUAUAUCUACAAAGAAGACGCUCGUUGGGAGGUUUGCUGACGACCUCUCUGCGCCUGGUGCUAUAUGACCUUUGCUGUAUAUGUGCAGACGACGUCCAAACAGCAGUCACGUCAGCUUUCUAAUAUCAGCCGCCAGGGUGGAGCCACCAUUUACCCAGAAUUUGUUUUGCACCUGUAACAAUCCAAAUGUACGUGAGCUUGCAAACGUUUAUUUUAUUUUAUUUUAUUAUUUGUAUUGGAUGUGUCUGUGUGUUUUAGGAUAUGUGUUGAAUUGAACUACUUGCCUGCCUGUUCUGUAAGAUAUUGAUAGCACACUGUAUCUAUGAAGGCUCUUUGAAGAAGUGAAACGAGGAUCUCUGAGACCUGACGAAAACUGCUUCUGUUCGUAUAUGAAAUCCCACACAGUGCGCUGAUGAUGUGUCCACUGUUCUCGGUGUUAGUGUUGUGAAUGAAUUACCGGAUAUAUCGUUUUCCCUCACGCCUCCAUCUGCACAAUGCUGUCAACAACAGAUUCACUCGAGGUAUUAACUGUGUUCAGCAAACCACCACAGGUUGUCAGUCUGUGCAGCUGCACUGUAAAACACUGGAUUAUCUCUUCCUCAUUGCCUUGUCAAGUGUAGGUUUUGUAUGCCGAGCUAUAACGUGAAGUGAUUUACAUUCGGGGAACUUUUCUUGGUUAUCGAGUUGUGAUGUUGAGCACUGUUGUUUGCCCUCUUCCACCUAGUGUGAUGAUCUUGAUCAUGUAUGUUUUGUAGGAUACCAGAGUUUUUUUGGGGGGAGGGGGGCAGGGUGGGAGGGGCCAUCGGCCCUGUCAGCAUUUGACCUUAUCUGUGUUGACUUCAGUGGAUUAAAAUAAUAAAAAUGAAA